AUGCCUCCGUUGACCGGAGUCAACGCAGCUCGUGCAGGCGCCGACGGCCGGGCGGUCCCGCCCCGCCUCCCCGAUCGGCGCAUCCUCCCGGAGGGCCGUCGAGCCGAUCGGCCCAGGGCGGCAGCCCUCUGCCAGGCCGGCCGCGGAUUUGGAGAUGACCAAAAGCCACAGGCAAAGGAUGAGGGAGCGGGCCCUAGGGCCCCAAGAAGGGCCCGCCGAAGAGGUCCCAAGGGCAAGAAGUCUCAUAGGAUGAUGCUGGAGACGCAGGAGGGCGGGGUGGCUGGACAGGACGCGCUGCGCAGCCGGCAGCAAGAGAUGGCAGAGAUGGCCGUUGCGGCGCAGGAGGGCCCAAACUACGAAGAGGCAGUCUUCCAAGAGCGGCUCAGCGCCCUCAAGCGGCAAGGAAAGGAAACAUUAGAAAAGAAAAAUGCCACAGUUGCCACUGGCGGGCUGUAUGAGGACGGCCCCGCCACGCCGGAGCCCGCCAUUUAUAGAGAUGCCUCCUCAAGCGGCCAAUCAGAGCCUGAUGCUGGUCCCGGGAGGGCGGUGAUCGUUGGCCUGUCCAUCGGCCUGGUGGUCAUCUUCCUAGUGGCCAACACGGGCAGCGGCCUGCCCGGCCGCCGCGCCCGCCCGCGGGUCAGUCAACAGACCCAAACGGCGGAAAAGGAGAUUCUGGCAAGGGCGGCUGCGCCUGCUGCGAUGGUCUCCGGCGACUGA